CCCCAUCAACCCCAUCUUGUGCAUCGCCGGGCCACACCACACCCCAAGGUCCAAUUGCACAACCAACAUAAUGGCAACAUGUAAACCACUCCUCCGGGUCUGUCCAUCGACCCUCCAACCCGCAUCCCUCCUGCCACGGACCCAACAACGCUUCGAAUCCACAACCCGGCGACACAGAAAACUACUCGCGCUCCCCGCCGCACCAUCCUACACACCAGACACGUCGUCGCCAACUCUAAUCUUCAACCCCCCUUCCUCAGCGCCCAGCAUCCACCACACCCCGCUAAAAUUCCUCCCCCAAACCGACAAGCGCCGCAAUCUCUACGCCAGCGCCCACCAACAACUAGCCCGCACCGCCCUCUCCACCCGCACCUCCCCCAUCGCUUCCCCCGGAACACCCCUUCAAAGUUCCAGCUACCUUCCCCCAAAACCCUCCACCUCCCUCCCACCUCCUGUACGGCAACCGUAUGAAAAACAAUACCACCUCACCGAAAAGGAAGUGACCGAAAUACGGCGUCUGCGCGCCCAAGACCCGGAUACGUGGACGCGAGUUAAACUUGCGGAGAGGUUUGGGUGCAGUCAGUUUUUCGUGGGGUUGGUUGCGAAGAAUGCAGGGAAGGCGGAAAGGGUGGCUAGGGAGCAGGAGGGGAUGAGGGAGAAGUGGGGAACAAGAAGGAGGGAGGCGAGAGAGGAUAGGGGGAGGCGGAGGGUGGCAUGGGGGAGGGACGAGUAGAUUAUGAGAAGGAAGGAGGGGGAGGAGGGGAAUUAGGAAGAAAAAGACAUGUUUGAGAGGGCUUUUUACAUCUUCUAUGGUUUUGAUGGAGAUGGAGGCUGAGACGGAGAUAUGUAUGAGGUCUAUUCGACCCAAGGGAGAAAGAAGUUAUACGACCAUUACAACGAAGGAAAAUUUACCUAGAAUCAAACCGUUCUCCCUUACUUCUUCUUCUUCUUCUCAGCUGUCUCCACACCUUGGUCAUUGAUUUUAAUUAAGAACCCCCUUCCUUCUCCUCCCCCUCCAGUACCUCCUUCUUGCACACCACCACCAACCCUCCACCCCUCACACCAUCCCCCGCUAACAACCCCCCACCUCUCCCCCUUCUCCUUUUCCAUCUCCUCCACACUUGAUCCCGCGCCAAACUUCUUCACCUCGACUUUCCGCAGCACAACCCGCGUUUCGCCU